AUGGCAAGAGAAGUCCGACCGGACGAAAUAUCAAAUAUCCUUAAACAACAACUGCAACAGUUUGAACUGGACAUGGAUGUCUAUGACUCCGGCACUGUGCUGGAGGUAGGCGAUGGCAUCGCGCGGGUACAUGGGCUUGCCAACGCUAUGGCAAGUGAAAUGAUCGAAUUUCCUAACGACGUCUACGGUAUUGCUUUCAACCUCGAAGAAGACAACGUCGGUUGUGUCUUGUUUGGUGAAGACCAACUCAUACACGAAGGCGAUACAGCGAAGCGGACAGGAAGGCUACUCGAAGUACCUGUCGGUGAGGCUCUCCUCGGGCGGAUGGUUGAUGCGCUCGGCCAACCUAUUGACGGCUUGGGCGAUAUUGAAACGGAACAUCAACUGCCAGCGGAGCAGAAAGGGCUGGGCAUCGUUCAACGGCAACCGGUUGGCGAACCGCUCUACACAGGCUUAAAAGCCAUUGAUAGUUUGACACCGAUCGGGAGAGGUCAGCGCGAACUGAUUAUUGGUGACCGACGCACCGGCAAAACCGCUAUCGCCAUCGACACUAUCCUGAACCAGAAGAAUACAGAUGUCUACUGCAUCUAUGUCGCUAUCGGGCAAAAAGGCUCUACUUUGGCGCAGAUUGCGAAUACGCUUCGUGAGCAUAACGCGAUGGAAUAUACAACUAUCGUUUCAGCUGCCGCAAGUGACCCGUCACCGCUUCAGUACAUCGCACCUUACGCCGGCACAGCAAUGGGUGAAUACUUUCGGGACAACGGCAAGCAUGCUCUCAUCAUAUACGAUGAUUUGACAAAACACGCCUGGGCAUAUCGGCAGAUGUCGCUGCUUUCACGAAGACCCCCGGGGCGCGAAGCCUAUCCGGGUGAUGUCUUCUACUUACAUUCUCGCCUUUUAGAACGCUCUGCAAAACUGAGCGACGCACUGGGUGGCGGGUCUCUCACUGCCCUACCGAUUAUUGAAAUCUUUGAAGGCGAUUUGACGACCUACAUCCCCACAAACGUAUCUCCAUUACUGAUGGACAGAUAUACCUCACAACGGAUCUGUUUAACCAAGGUGUGA